UCAAAAUUUAUACGAAACCGCAUAACAACCACCCGAGAAAAUCUGCUCUCCUUUUAAUUGUUCAUCCCACCGUUUCGUCUCCCUCUCUCUCAAAUUCUCUCGGCAUUUAUAGGGUUUCAUCCUCCUAAUCUAUCUGCUUCCUCUUAACCAUGGAAUUCAAAUUCCGAGCCGUAGACGUAUCCGACCGCCCCUCUCCUCCUUCUUCCUCCACCGUCCGAUACUUCUCCUCCGAGCGAACAAUCCGAGGUCAAUCGGUUCUUCCAACUUGGGCCGUCACGCCGAGUUCGGGUCCAAGAACGGGUCCUGACCCGACUGGUUUUCCGAAUCCGGACUAUCUCACGAUCCACGACCCGAUCCUCCACCCGACCAACGCCCGCGACGCCAUGCAGCGCCAGAUGGAGAAGGACAGGAUCAGAGAGGAGAUUCUCGCGGCGGAGAUGGUGCGGCGGCGAGUUCUUGAAGCCGAGGUGAGGAGAGAGCUCAUGUUGGAGCGAGAGAUCGCUAUGAAGAAAGCCGUCCGCGAUGGGCUCGGGUUCGAGGACGACCCGUUCGGCCCAAUGCAGGCCCACUCUUUCGACCAUCGCUUCGGGUUUAGCCCGAGGAGUAGUUCGCCGUUGGCUAUGGUGCCGCGGCUCCCGGAACCUGUGCCCGAUAAUAAUUUGGAGGUCAACAAGGAGUUGACCCCGCCGGCUCCGGCUCGUCCUCCGGAGCUCAACAAGGACAAGUUGAUCGUACUGGCUAAACCCAACCCAAACCUUUCUGGACUGAAGCGGAAAAAACUACCAUCAGAGGGCGCUAAUGAGAUUUAUCAAUAUCGUUUGAAGAAGAAGAAGAUACCGAAGGAGGAAUUGAAGAAGAAGAAGAAGAUACCGAAGGAGGAAUGGAGUUGUGCUCUGUGUCAGGUUACUGUAGCAAAUGAGAAAAUGUUUGAUGGUCACCUUAAUGGCAAGAGGCACAAGGCCAGCGAAAAAAGACUUGGAGCUGAAAAACUGGGAAAGAGCUCCAGUAAUGCACCACUUUCAAAAAACACUGCAAAACCUUUUGAGCCUAAAGAGUUAGAGACCACUGGUGCUGCAAGCUCACAAUUAGGGGCCAAAGAAGAAAGGGGUUUGCUUGACCAUAAUGAAGCCGGUGAUGGUUCAGACAAGAAAAUGCAGGAUACAGACACUUCAGAAGAGAAAAAAGUGGAACUGCCAGUGCAGAAAGACCAAUGCGGAGAGGAUUUGAAGAACAAUGUUGAAGUAAAAAAGGUGCACAUGAUGCAGAGAAAGGAAGAACCAACAAAAACAAAAAAAUUUGAGUUCCUAUGUGAAAUUUGUAAAGUUGGUAGCAAUAAUCCAAAGGUAAUGGAGAAGCAUAGUAGGGCGAAGAAGCAUAUGGAUAGGCUUGAGGAACUAAAAUCGAAUAAAGUUCGAACCACCAACGAAGCAAAUGUGAACACUCCCACCACAAAGUCCGUGGCAUCAUCAGGGGCUAUGCAGGAGGCAGUAAAGAGGCUUCAGCAAGACACAGAGAGCAGUUUUGUACCCACCAAUGUGAUUAAAGAAGCAAAUGCGAGCAUUCCAACCACAAUUUCUGUGGCAUCAUUGGUGGUUAAUGAGAAGGCAGAAAAUGCUAGGCUGCAGGAAUCUAUUAAUGUGACCAAAGAAGCAAAUGUGAGCACUCCCACCACAAAUUCUGCGGCAUCAUCAGGGGCUACGCAGGAGGCAGUAAAAAGGCUUCAGCAAGAUACAAAGAAUAGUGUUGCACCUGCUAAUGUGACCAAAGAAGCAAAUGCGAGCAUUCCAGUCACGAUUGCUGUGGCGUCAUUGAGGGCUACUGGGAAGGCAGAAACUGCUAGGCUGCAGGAAUCUGCUAAUGUGACCAAAGAAACAAAUGUGAGCAUUCCAACAGCAGCAGCCGUGACAUCAUGGGGAGCUAGUGAGGAGACAGAAACUGCUAGGCUGCUUGACGAAUCUAUAAAGAAUAAGGUUCCAACCACUAAUGUGACCACAGAAGCAAAUGCCAACAUGCAAAGCACAACCUCAAUUUCCGUGGAAUCAUUCUGGUUUACUGAGACGGCUGAAAAUUUGAGGAAAUUGGAGGCUUAUGAAAAGUUGAUCAAAGCAAGGUUAACUGAAUAGGGUAUAUCGAUUACGAAAAUCUGUGGGGUCAAUGCAUUGCUGACUGCUUGUUAUUCCUUGUUAAUUUUGAUACGCAAGCAACAUUUUAGUUCUAGAUUCCUUUCCUAUAUUCUUUUGUAGAUCUAACAUGUUCUAUUCCAUGCCUAAAGUCGGUCAGUUCUAUGCC